CUUCACUGCCCAGACACCAGCCUGUGUUCAGAACACACACACACACACACACACACACACACACACACACACACACACACAGAGUCAUAUCUCAAGCUGCAGUCAGACUGAGGAAACCAACUGUGACGGAAGGAAGCGUAGAAGCCAGUGAGAAAGCAGAAUUCGCCUCAAGUGGGCACAAUUCUGAGAGAGGGAAGUCUUGAUGUUUGUGAGACGUUGAACAUACUAGAUGAUUCCCUCCAGCGAGGAGAAGGAACUUCAGUAAGCACCUCUUGGACUUUUUACAGAAGAAGGAGAUUUUUGACAUCUUCUUCAUCCUCAGGAAUUCUGAGGUUGCUGCAGCAUCAAAACUGCAGGAGGACGCACAUCUUUGCUUCCCCGAUUCUCCACCAGAAACAUGAGUCUGUCACGCAAUGGAACAUUGGAGAAGACGUCGGAGCAGCCCCCCUCUGAGCCCACCUCCCCCUCCAGAGGGGGAGGCGGAGUGGUGCCCCCUCCGUACUCCAUGGGUGGCAGUGAGGUCGCUGACUCCCCCCUGGAGCUGAGGGGCUCCCUGGACUGCUGGGCCUGCUCCGUCUUGGUCACGGCUCAGAAUCUGAUCAUCGCAGUCAUCAACGGCAUGUUGGCCGGCGCCGUGUUUGGCAUCAUCCUUACGCCUGCGCUCAUCAUGAUCAUAUUUGGCUUCCUGUGUCACUCCACGGUGCAGCCUCAUGGAACUUCAGUGUACUGCUCAGACCUGCUGGAUGAUGCCGGCUGUGUGGCUCUGCUGGUUGUUGGCUUUCUGUUGCUCACACCCCUGCUGGUGCUGGCGCUCGCCGCCUUCUGUCGCCUGGCUCGUCACCUUCAGCUGGGCAUGUGCUUCAUCCCCUACAGCCGGGCCGUCUACAAGAACCUGCCGCCCACGCGACGCAGGGAGUCAGUCGUGGGCGGCUGUUGCGGCCAUCAGGGUGCUUUAGAGAGGGAGAGGAAAGGCAGCGUUUGGGUGUAAGCAGACAUGACCUUUAACCUUAGGAGAGAAGUGGAUUUGAAUAUAUUUUGGAAUGUUUUUCUAGCUGAAGCUAUUAUAAAAAUCCAUCCGACACUUCCAUAAUUUUUUUUUUUAUUCACUUCCUUUGUAUUUUGUAAGAUAACUUUUUACUAUAAAACUUUAUUUGGCAGUCUAGUCUUGUUUUUUAUGUACAAUAAAUUCAAAAGUGUCACGUUCUAAGACAGGGGUGUCAAACUAAUUUUAGAUCGGGGGCCACAUGGAGAAAAAUCUACUCCCAAGUGGGCCGGACUGGUAAAAUUACUGCACGAUGACUUAAAAAUAAAGACAACUUCAGAUUGUUUUUUUUUUUGUUUAAAAAUACAACAAAAUGUACAAAUCAUAAAGUUGUUGUUGUUUUUUUUACACUUCCAUGUUGUGGUUAAUAGUAUUCUAUCUUUAUUAGUCGUUAUUUAUAUUUUCAAGUAAAUGAUGUGAUAAUGUUCAUCAGUCAACUCAAUGGUGUAAAUUUUCAAUCUAUCAAGAUAAAAAAAAAUUACAUCAAAAUUAAAUUACAGUUUGUUACUUAUGUAGUUUGAUCAUUUUCCUCGACUGAUGUACUAACAUGUGGUUUAUUUUGUACAUAUGUAGCAUUGUCUAAAACGAUUCAAAGAAUUGCUUUUGCGAAAUCUAGUGGACACAUUUUGAACAUCUGUUUCUUUCAUUCAAAAAUUUCUGAUUAAUUUCUAGACUUGGCAAACUCAUCCCGCGGGCCGGAUAAAACAUGCACGUUUGACACCCCUGUUCUAAGACCUCCAGCAAAUAAUAAUAAUAAUAAUAACUUAGAUUUAUAUCGCGCUUUUCUAAACACUCAAAGCGCUGAAAUAUCAGAUGCACACACAUUUACGCCUGUUUUGAUAGUAGCCUGAAACAAACAUUUUAAAAAACAAAUGAACAAAUACAGAAACAAAUUAUGAUGAUACAAAAAAAAAGUUAAUAUACCAAACUGGAUUGACAGCCAUGGAGGCCAAAGUGAUGUUGAUGAUGUCUUUUAAAGUGGACAAUGGCUGAUAUUUUGUCCUUUUAAUAAAUGUUUGCUGUAUUUUGGCCAUA